AUGAGUUUCUCGGCAAGAGUAAAAAAUUUAGAACAAGAUGAGAGUCUAAUGGAUUUUGCAGAUUUUAGAGGCUUGAAAUUACACAAAUUCAACAAGACAACACUAGCCUUGUCUGGAAAAUGGAUACUUUUACAAGAUUUUUUAAACAUGAAGGUCAACUUAAAAUUGCUCAAAAAACUGGGAAAUGGAUAUAUUCCAAUGUCUAUGAUUAAUUUAAGGAAUCAAGAUUGUUGUGAUUUGGUUAAUAGUCCUAAAUGGCAAGAAAUAUUUUUAAAAGAUAUGUUCGACCAUACUGACCUACCUAAUUCUUGCCAUAUUUUGCCUGGAGUAUACAAAUUUACUAAUUAUAUACCUUCAGUACCACAAAAUAUGCCAGUUGGAGAAUAUCGUGCGGAUGUUACUUUUAUUCAGAAUACAAAUCCUGUCGCAAAAUAUAAAUGGUUCAUCACGGUACAAUGA